GUCCUCCACCUUUUUUUUUCUCACAUCGCUCCACUUUGGCCUUUGCCCUUGCCUUGUCUGUCUGUCUGUCUCUGUUCUGUCGCUAGUUCAUUUGGGUAUAUAAAAAGCCCAAUUGUUCCCGUCCCUUUUCCCUUCCUCUCUCUCUCUCGCUCUCUCUCUCUCCACUUUGAUCCUUUUACUGCUGCCUUCUGCCCUUUCCUUCUUUCUUCUUCUUCUCUCACGUUCAUAUACUCAACUCGCACCUACUGCAUCCCAAAACUACAACUAGCAUUCACAUCAACAAACAACAAACAUCAACAACAACAAAAUGUCUGCAUUCUCAGUGUCUAGUCUGCUCAACAAUGAACGAUCGCGCUGCAAUCGCCCUGCCGUGCUUGAUAUCUCCAAUCUCCUGUGCGAACAAGACGUGUGCCCCUCUCUCUCAUCACCCGAGAGCGCACCCUCGAGCGGAUCAUCCUCACCAUUGACCAGCUACCCAUUGCCACCUAUUUGGGCGCUGAAAUCAGACGAACGCAUGGUCAUGAGCUGGACAAACGACUCUUCGUCCUCACUGUCGAGCAUUGGCAGCAGUGCACACGACUCCAUCAUCUCCUCUACCUCUACCUCUACAUCCUUUAGCUCCAUCUCUUCUUCUUCAUCAUCAUCAUCAACUCCUCCUUCCACACCAGCAAAUAGCAGCAGCAGCAGCAUGAGCAUGAGCAAUAGCCAUCCAAGAAAACUGCCAUUAAAGAAGCAACAUCGCCACUAUCAUCCCCACGAUACCAGCAGCGUCAUUAGCAGCAAUCACAGCGUCAGCAGCAGCUGUAGCGAUGACGAGCAGGCCUCCACCACAUCCUCUACCUCCUCCUCAUCACCACCUGCACUCAAAGCCAAACGACGACGAGCCAAUGCCAAGCAGCUGGAGGUGCUGAACCGCGUCUUUGAUCGAACGGUGUUUCCGUCCACACAACUCCGUGCUGAGCUGGGUCGACAACUGGGUAUGAGUCCUCGGACCGUCCAGAUUUGGUUCCAGAACCGACGUCAGGCCAUUCGAACACGCGAGCGACAACGGCUGUUGCGUAUCGUCCGAGAUGAAUCUUCAUCUACGGACUAGAUUAUUAAUCAUUUAUGUCUCACUUUUUUUUUUUAUUUUCCUUUGUUCUGUUAUACUAUCUCCUCCUCCUCCUCUCCCAUCGCUCCAUUCUCUCCUCCUCCUCACCCUUCACACCCUCCCCCCCACCUUCACCCACUAUCUCCGAUUUUUCGACACUUUGUAUCACCCAAGUCCUUCCUUGAUAUGCUUUUCAUAUAUCCGCGCUCUGUACUAGCCCUUUCGUUUUCUAUUAUUCUUUCCACUGGUUUGGAAAUAUUCAUAAUUCUCGUUUUCGUUUUUUUUUUCGGUAGGAGAACUACAACUACAACAACAACAACUACAUAUGCAUUCAUCUCUCCCCUCCCCCUCGCGUCAGUCAGCAAUUUGUAAUUUUUUCUUUCUUUUUCUUUAGCAGUAUAUUCUUUUAUUACAAGCCCAACUGGAUUCAUGUUGUCAAUAGCCAAAA